UAUAGGUGUGGUUAUCUCUACCUAUUUUUGGGGCUGUAUGAGUGAUGUUUGGGGUAGACGUACGGUUUUAUUAUGGUCCAUGUUUGUUUCAAACUUUCUGCAAUUGGUAAUAAUGUUUGUUACUAAUAUUUGGUUGUACAAUAUCAUAAAUCUUGCACUGGGAAUAAGUUUAGGUGGUAUACUAGGGGCUAUGUAUCCCUAUCUUAGUGAGUUCAAUACCGCUAGAUAUCGUGCCAUCGUUAUAAAUUAUUCAACUAUGUUUGUUAGCGUAACAGUUAUGUUUGUGCCAGCCAUUUCCUGUAUGUUGCCUGGUUUUAUUGGUGCUUUAGUAUUGCUGCCCUUUCCAGAGAGUCCAAAACUAUUAUUGGCCCAUGACAAACAAGAGGAAGCUUUAAAUGCUCUCUAUUGGAUUUCGAAAUAUAAUACUGGCAAGAGUUUAGAAGUCAUGCUAAAAACUUCGAAAAUUUACUUAAAAACAGAAGAGUUAGCAGAUGCAGAUUUGCUCACAAUGGGUUCGGGUUUCUCUGUUAUAACAAAAAUAUGGAAAGCUACAGUCCCGCUAUUCCAUAAACCCCACGGCACGAAUGUUACCUUAGCUGUUUUAGCUUUUCUGGGCAUAAUGUUUUGUUCUAGUGGUAUGCAGGUAUGGUUUCCCGAAAUAGUAAAUCGUUCUGUUGGUGGUUCAGUAUGGGGUAAUAGCUCAACAUUGUGUGAAAUUUUAGAUGAAUCCUAUAGACGUGAUCGUUUGAAUGUAACAGACGAAGCGGGUGAUAUAAGUCUAGUCUGUGAUGAUACGAUUUCCCCUAAAACCUAUAUCAAUAACAUGAUCAUGGGUUUAGCCUUUCUGGUGGGAUUUUCAAUACAGGGUAUGUUAUUGAGACCGUUGGGUAGAAAAAAUGUUUUAAUUGGUGGCAUACUUAUUGGAGCUUUAUGUGGAAUUCUAUUCAAUAUCAUCACUAACACAAGCGGUAUUUUGAUAUUACUUUGUUUGUGUAUCUUGCUACCGGGCCUG